CAAAAAUCACAAGCAACCAACCAACUAAACAAACAAGUAAUCACUACACAGCAAUAAGCUUUUAGCCAUGACCUCAGUUCAGUGCUACAAAACAUGCCAAGAAACCUGCUCCCAGCAGAAGACCCAAUCAUCCAUUGGGCAAAAGGUUUCUGAGAUGUGUUCAAAGGCCACCACAAUGGUGCCAGUUGCCACCCAUGCCCAGCAACACUGCCAUGGUAGCAGCAACCACCACAUUGGAGCCACCCAAACCCAUACCAUUUCCCAAUGCCAUGGUGGCAGCCACCACAGUGGAUGCUCCCAUUUCCAUGCCCAUACCCAAGGCUAUGGUGCUGCUAACCACCAUAACAAUGGAGCAGGCUAUGGUGGUAGCCUCCACAAAGGAUGCACCCAAUCCCACACCCAUACCCAAGCCUGUGGCGGUGCUAACCACCUCAACAAUGGAGGAGGCUAUGGUGGUAGCCUCCACAAAGGAUGCACCCAAUCCCAUACCCAUACCCAAGCCUGUGGCGGUGCUAACCACCACAACAAUGGGGGAAUCCAAUCCCAAUGCCAUGGUAGCAACAAAACCAACAUGACAUCCCACAGUGGAGGAGGGUAUGUUGCGACCAACAAAACCACUGAAACUGAUUACUACCACAGCCAGACAAAGACCACCGCGAAUAGCGGCAGCGGGAGGUGCAGUAAUGGAAGAAGCGAGAAGGAGCACAAGAGCAGGGGCAUGUUCCAGAAGAUCAAGGAUGGGUUGUCCGGCCGCAACAGCGAUUGCAGCAGCAGCGAGAGUGACAGCAGUGAGAGUGACAGCGACAACGAAAACAACUGCGGCAGGAGGAGCAGGAAGAAUUGCAAUUAAGCAGUAAGCACCAGCUCUGAUUCUUCAUCACAGCUCCUAUGAUGUCAAGUGUGUGGCCACUGGCACUGCUCAGAAUAAAUAAAAUAUCCUAAUUUAAAAUAAAUAAAUAAAUAAAAGUGGUGUACUUUGAUUAUGUAUGGUGUGACUCCGAGAUUGAGACCUAAAUGCAUUGUGUGCUUGCUCGAUCUCCUUAUUACUAUCAAUAAAACUGUUUGAAUUUAUCAUCA